AUGGAGCUCGAAGCUUAUACAGAUUGUCGUAGUGUUUCAAACUUCUUCAACAAUAACGCCAUCGACAAUCGAAAAGCUUAUUUAUUUUCCAAUUGUUCUGUUAACAUUUCACAAGUGGCUGAAUUGAAUCUCGAUUCUCUCGACUUAUCAUUAGACGAAUAUGAAUCACUUGUUUUGAAAAUGAUUGCCGGCCAUCAAGCGGAGAUCAAAAAAUUGCAAAAAAAGUUGGCGGACGUCCGGACGAAAAAAAUGCACAUGCUUAUCGUCAUGAGCAAUAAAUAUAAAGAGCAAAUUGAUAAUUAUUGA